UAAAAACACUUCUCAAAACUUUUCAAAUCUUCUCCAUUUCUUCAACACAGACGACACACAUAAAAGUAGAACAGACAGAGCCACUCACUGCACACUUCUCAAAAUACUCCUCUUUCUAGUAUCUCUCUCUGUCUCUUUUAUUUUUCUUCUCCCUAAGCUCCAUAGGCACACUAAACCUCUCUUUUGACCUACUGUGAGUGAGUGAGAGAGAGGCCUGCAAAGAUAAAAAGGGCAGACAUCACUGAAGCUCUUUACUUCUUUUUUUUAUUCACAAUCUCUUAACCUAAGCUUCUCCUCAUUUCAAGCAAAAAAUGGUUUCAUCUCAGCAACGUCUCUCUUUCUCCUCCUCAAAACUGGUCUUCUUCUUCUGCAUCCUCUCUCUCUUCUCUCGUCCUUCUCUCUCCGCCUCAUUUCUCGUCGACGGUGUCUCUGUCUGGAAGACUCCCGUUGUUCAUGUCGGCGACUCCGUUAUUUUCAGACAUAAGUACGGAAACGAUCUAUACAUCUUCAGGACAAAAGAUGCAUUCAAUGUCUGCGACUUUACUCAAGCUACUCUUCUUACAAAAUCUAACUCCACCUCCUUCACGUGGUACCCAUCAAGACCAGGCUCCUACUACUUUUCCUUCACAAACAACACAUCUCUUCCCAAAACCUGCCAACUCAGCCAGAAGCUCACAGUCCAAGUCCUCCUCGCAGCCGCAUCUUGGCCCUCGCAGCCACCAACACCAGCUAUUGCUCCUGGUCCAGUCUCGGAAGGAGGAGAUGUCUCAUCUUCUCCUUCUUACCCAUGGCCACUAGGUCCAAGAGAAGGUUCAGCUUUAUCUCCAGGACCAUCUCCUUCAGAGAUCACAUCAGUGACGGUUCCUGGAAAAGAUGGUGUUCCGUUUAUCAACAGUAAUCCGGCUGUUCCACUACCCACCGGAGAAGUCGACUCUACUUCCAUUAACCCUCUACCCACUUCAACAAACUCAGCACAUCAGGUAAUGAUGACAGUAACGGUGAAGCUAGUUCUGUGUUGUGUAGCCAUGUUUCUUCUCCUGUAGAGAGAGUAUUUAGUAGCUUUUUCAAUGGAUGGAAUGAUUACGUUUUCUCAUCUUAUAUGCUAAUUACAACUUAACUUUGAUCUCGUAAUCAUUCAUUUAUUCAUUCUCCCUUUUGCUUUUCUCUUAUGGUUAGGAUGUCUUAUUGUUAGAAUGUUAGGUCGCUUAUAUUUUGUAAUGUGCAUCUUUUAUAAAGUAAUGUGGCUUCUUUCUAAUGU